AUGCCUAAUCUUCAGACGGAUCUGUAUGCAUCUAGUGUUACAGGACAUAUGCGGAUGCUGGAUGUGUUCUUCCAGAAUGGUCCCCUCAGCUUCACAAAUAACAAGAAGAAGAAUCAUACCAAUAUCUCAUUUAUCGCUACAAUGGCCGCUGCUGAAAUCCCCAAUCAUACUGCCAAAAAGUUCAAUACGGAGCUCACGGAUUACUCCGUCGCUCAUGAGGACAAGACGGGCCCAUAUGCUCCUGACUUGGAAGUUGAUGCUCUGGUUGUCGGAGCAGGCUUCGCCGGAAUCUUUAUGCUUAAGACUCUGAGGGACCGUGGCUAUAAGACGGUCAUCUUCGAGGCCGGUAAUGACACCGGUGGCACUUGGAGAUGGAACUGUUACCCUGGUGCCAUGGUCGACUCGGAAGUCCCCGAGUACGAAUUUUCUUGGCCUGAGGUGUGGAAGACCUGGAACUGGCCGGCCAACUACCCCACCUAUCAAGAUCUCCGAUCCUACUUCGACCAUGUUGAUAAGGUCAUCGGCGUCAAGAAGGACACUGCCUUCAACACUGUCGUUGUGGGUGCUCACUUUGAUACCGAUGAGGGUCGCUGGCAUAUCAAGACCGAGGACGGCCGCUUGACCAAGGCUAAGUACCUUGUCCUUGGAACAGGGUUUGCCGCCAAGCGAUACAUCCCUGACUGGCCAGGAAUGGACAAGUUCAAGGGUACUAUCCACCAUUCCUCCUUCUGGCCAGACGAGGAAGUCUCCGUCAAUGGCAAGCGCUGCGGCGUCAUUGGCACGGGCGCCUCGGGCGUCCAAAUCGUCCAGGCCUGGGGACCCAAGGCUGCAGAAGUCAAGGUGUUCCAGCGGACACCCAACCUGGCAGUCCCCAUGCGCUAUCGCAAGCUCUCCGUCGAAGAGCAAGAGCGCGGCAAGACAUGGUACCCAGAGCUGUUCAAGUACAGAGAGACCAGCUUUGCCGGAUUCCACUACGACUGGUAUGAGAAGGAGACAUUUGACGACACCCCGGAGGAGAGAGACGCACUCUACGAGAGUGUUUGGGAGAAGUGCGGCUUCAGAUACUGGGUCGCCGUGUACAAGGACAACCUCUUUGAUGCCAAGGCGAACGAGGAGUCCUACAAGUUCUGGGCCAAGAAGACGCGUGCUAGAAUUGGAGAUCCUCGAAAGAGGGAUAUCCUUGCUCCCCUGGACAUGCCCCACUUCUUCGGCAUCAAGCGGCCUUGCCUUGAGUACAGUUACUACGAGCAGUUCAACCGCGAGACUGUGGACGUUGUCGACAUCAAGAACAAUGCCAUCAAGGAGUUUACUGAGACGGGUAUUCUCUUGACUGACGGUAGCCACCACGAGUUUGACGUUAUUGCAGUAGCAACCGGUUUCGAUAUUGUUACAGGAGUCAUGACUCAGCUUGGGCUUGAAAGCAUCAACAAGACUAAACUUCAAGACGAUUGGGUUAAGGGGUGUGAAACAUACCUCGGUGUCACCACCUCCGGGUUCCCCAACAUGUUCCACAUCUACGGCCCUCACGGUCCCACCCUUCUGAGCAACGGCCCGACCAGCGUCGAGAUCCAGGGUCGUUGGAUCGCCGACGCAAUCGACAAGAUGAACAAGAACAACAUCAAGUACAUCAAUCCCAAGCCCGAGGCCACCAAAGAGUGGAAGCAACACAUCCUGGACCUUAAUAACAGGUCUCUUUUCCCUACUACAAGGUCUACUUACAUGGGUGGCAGCAUGCCCAACAAGAUUGUGGAACCGGUGUGCUACUCCGGCGGCAUUCCUGCCUACACCAAGGAGAUCCGAGCGGCUCUGGACAACAUGGAAGGCUUCGAUAUUGUUGAACAGUGA